UGGGUGUGGGUGUGGGUGUGGGUGUGGGUGUGGGUGUGGGUGUGGGGUGGGUGUGGGUGUGGGUGUGGGUGCGGAUGGGGUGGGGUGGGUGUGGUCGUGGGUGGCGUGGGUGUGGGUGGGGGUGGGGUGGGCGUGGGCGUGGGCGUGGGUGGGGUGGGUGUGGGUGUGGGUGUGGGUAUGAGUGUAAGCGUGGAUGCCAUUGCCGAUACCAUUCAACCACACCCACCCACACCCACACCCAAUCAACUUCGACAAAGACAUCUGAAGAUCAAUCUCUCAGCGGCCCGCAACAUGUACAAUAACAACAUGCUCAUUCACAUUUCUUUUAUCACCAACGCCAAAAGAGAAAAUAACGUCAUGUUCAUCAUAGCCCAAUUUAUAUCCAUCAUCAAUAACAUGCAUAAGAUAAAACAGACAUAAGCAACAACCAGAAAGAGAAAUAUUUUGCUCACAUGCCAAUGAUUUAUGAAAAAAUUAGAACAAAAUUAAUUACUGCAUUUAUUGGAUCAGCAAUAGCUCGAAAUAGAUCAGUGAAACAUAUAGAAAGUGAAACAGAUGAAGUACGUCUUCAUUUUAAAUCAGGCAGCGACUGUGCUGAAGCGUUAGCUUGGUUAAAGACACAUGAAGGACAAAUGUUUAUGCGCAACGUCGAUCAAUUAAUAUUUAUCAUUGGCACAAAUGAUAUUCAUCGAGUUGGUGCUGAUAAAACUGCCUGA